GGCGAUCCAACGGCCUGGCCGCCUGGCCCCAAUAAAGGAGCAAGAGCGCCGGCUGCGGUGUCAUCCAUCCCGAACCCCUGAUCUGACCUCGUCUUCCUCGCCCCAGCGAUUUCGGUAGAACCGUGAACCUUUGAUGGGCAUUUCCCCUCCGGCCUUCUUACAUGGCAGCCCGUCUAGCCACCGGUAGCUCCCCAGCUCUCAUCCUCUUCCCUGAUGUCAUAAUUGCACGCUCGAAGCCAGUCUGUAGCUUCCUACUACUCCACCUCACCCUUCUCCACUCGCUUUUAUAGCCCUAGUCGAUUCGGGCGAGGCGAUCGACUGAAUUCUAGGAUUGUGUAGUAUGGCGGCGGUGUUUUUGCAUCAUGUUGUUGGAGAUCUCACGGUUGGGAAGCCUGAUAUGAGGGAGUUCUGGGAAGGGGAGACGGUGGAGGCUGCGAUGGGAGAGAUUGGAGAGGGCUCAGAGAGAGCUGUAACAGUGUGGAGAAGAAGAGGGGAGGAGGUUGUCAGGGAAAGGGAGAGGGCGGCGAGGUUCGUUGGGAUUUUGAAUUCGUUGGACGUGGUGGCAUUUCUGGCCAGGGAGGGGGAUCGGGAAAAGGCAAUGGGAACACCGGUCAGGGAGAUCGUUAGGCAUAAUCCGUCGCUACUCAAAGAGGUCGAUCCUGCGGCUAGGUUGAUUGAUGCACUGGAGAUGAUGAAACAAGGGGUUCAACGCCUCCUUGUGCGCAAGAGUGUUACAUGGAAAGGUGUUAGCAAGCGCUUUUCCAUCCUUUACAACGGAAAAUGGCUCAAAAAUUCUGAAUCGUCUCCCACAAUUUUACCAACCAACUCAUGUGAAAGCACUAAUUUUCCUUCUUCUUCAUUAUCUAAAGAGAACAAGUACUGCUGCCUAUCAAGGGAAGAUGUCAUCCGCUUUGUUAUUGGCUGCCUUGGCGCCCUUGCUCCAAUACCCCUCUCCUCCAUAUCUUCUCUGGCCACUUUGAAUACUAACUACUACUACAUUGAGGCCUCCUCCCCAGCCCUUGAAAUUCUCAACAAUUUUCCGGAGAACCCAUGCGCUGCUGCCGUCGUAGAGACCUCGGCAGAUGGUACUCGGAAGAUCAUCGGUGAGAUAUCAGCGUACAAGCUAUGGAAAUGCGACUAUGUAGCGGCCGCCUGGGCCAUGGCUAACCUUUCAGCUGGUCAGUUUGUGAUGGGCUCUGAGGAUGAGGACCAAGACUCGCUUCCAGACUUCAUUCUCACUUCGCAGCUGGAAAACGGCAUCGCCGAGUCUCCCAGGCACAAGAGAUUCAGCAGUCGGAGCAUCGGGUUCUUAAGCCAACAGCCAUUGGGCGGCCUGCGGUCGAUGCGGAGCAUGUAUCGCGGCCGCAGUGCGCCUCUAACCUGCCGGAAGACGAGCUCUCUUGCAGCGGUCAUGGCGCAAAUGCUGUCGCACCGGGCAACACACGUUUGGGUGACCGAAGUUGAGCCAGAAGAAAACAUUCUUGUUGGCAUUGUGAGCUAUAAUGAUAUCCUCCAUGCAAUUACUAAGAACCCUGCUACUGUUUCUACAGUCAUGCCAUGAAAACAUUUGAGCUGCUCUAUUUAUGUUUUUUUAUGUUUAGGGUUGGAUGGUUAUUGAGUAGCUUAUUGAUUAUUGUUUGAUUUUGCAGAUUUAUGUUAAUGCAAAGCACAGCUUGUGUUAAUACUGAAUAUUUUAGUGGCAGGAUUUGAUUUCUUUCUGUACAAUUUCUGUGUAGUUUUCGCUUCUAUUGCAAAAUUCCAUUCUACAGUUAAA